AUUCAGUGUCAUCAAGAGACCUACUAUAAAUAGAGACACGAGACGAGAUGUCAUAGAAUCAUAAUAACAUAUCUCUUUCAAUACGAACCGAUCAUGAGGAUAUUACCGGAAAAUGGAAGAGGUGUUUUCUGCCUCCUCCUUGUGUGUGUUCUCUGUUCGGCAGCUCAUUCUCUUGGCAGUAACAUCGAGGUCGUUGGCUACGCCGAAAGCAACACCAUCAAGAGUCCCCAUGCAUACUCAGGAAUCCGAGUAACGAUAGAAUGCAAAACGGAUGAGUCAAAAGGGCAUUUUGUUACAAGAGGAAGCGGAGAAGUUGACGAAACAGGAAAGUUUAGUCUCGACAUUGAUCAUGACAUCGUUGGUGACGAUGGAACCAUCAAAGAAGCUUGCUAUGCUCAGCUUCACAGCGCUUCCGGAAGCCCUUGCCCGGCCAACGACGGCCUCGAGGCCUCUAAGAUCGUGUUUUUAUCGAAAACAGGAGAAAAACACGUUUUGGGUCCAAAGCAAAACCUUAAAUUCUCACCGGAAGUUUGUGUCUCAAAGUUCUUUUGGCAAAUGCCUAAGUUCCCUUUGCCUCCACCGCUUGAUCUUCCUCCGUUUCCAAAGAUCAAGAAGCCUUGUCCUCCUAAGAUAGAGCUCCCACCACUGGUCCCAAUUUACAAGCCACCGGCAGUGAUCCCCAAGAAGCCGUGUCCACCAAAGAUCGCACACAAGCCCACAGUUCCUAUUUACGAGCCGCCGGUUCCUAUUUACAAGCCCCCAGUUCCUAUUUACAAGCCGCCGGUUCCUAUUUACAUGCCGCCGGUGGUGAUCCCAAAGAAGCCAUGCCCGCCACUUCCCAAGCCGAUCUACAAGCCCCCGGUGCCUAUCUACAAGCCGCCGACGCCUAUCUACAAACCGCCGGUGCCCAUCUACAAACCAAUAUACAAGCCACCGGUACCUAUCUACAAACCGCCGGUGCCCAUCUACAAACCGAUCUACAAGCCACCGGUGCCUAUCUACAAACCGCCGGUGCCCAUCUACAAACCGAUCUACAAGCCACCGGUGCCUAUCUACAAACCGCCGGUGCCCAUAUACAAACCAAUAUACAAGCCACCGGUGCCCAUAUACAAACCGAUCUACAAGCCACCGGUGGAGUUUCCAAAGAAGCCGUGUCCUCCUAAAGCUCCGGUGCCAAUUUACAUACCGCCGGUGGUGAUUCCGAAGAAGCCAUGUCCACCACUUUCCAAGCUUCCGCCAUUCCCACCAAAAUACUUUCCACACCCUAAGUUCGGGAAAUGGCCUCCUUUUCCUUCUCAUUCCACACCCUAAGUUAGUUCGGGAAGACGAAUUUACUCUUUUUUAUUUGAACUAUAUGUGUUCAUUUAAGCAAGUGAGUGACUUCAAAAUCGAAAAAAAUAUUAUUUCUUUGUUGCUUUGUUCUGUGUAGAUGUUUAAUGUUUCUGUAUCAAAUAAUAUUUGUAAAAAAACAUUAUCAAAUAAAAUAUGUACUCUGUUGAAAAUUUUUAAAAGCAAUUUAUUAAUUUGUUU